AAAUCUCCCUCUUAACUGUCCACUAACCAAAAGAAAGAAAAAAAAAAAGCAGUUUCCGAAUCUUUUACAGCUCGUAAACUCGUUGAAUUGACUCAUGGCUUCCGCCGUUGCUUCCGUUGCUAAGAAGAAAACCGCUGGCUCCAAGAAGCCUAAAUCAGCUCCUUCACACCCUCCAUUUCUUGAGAUGAUUUCAGAUGCAAUCGUUUCGUUGAAAGAGAGGACAGGAUCGAGCCAAUAUGCGAUUGCGAAAUUCAUUGAAGAGAAGCAUAAGCAAUUACCGGCGAAUUUCCGCAAAGUCUUACUUGUUCAGACGAAGAAGUUUGUUGCUUCCGGAAAGCUCGUAAAAGUGAAAGCCUCUUUUAAGCUGCCUUCGGCUUCUGCCGCAGCUAAGAAACCAGCCGCCGUAGCUAAGAAACCUGCCGUCGCGAAGCCUAAAUCUGCAACUACCACUACCGCCGCAAAGUCCAAGCCGAAGGCGACUAAAACCGCGUCGAAAGCGAAAGCGAAAGCUAAAGUUGCAACGCCUGUGAAGGCAAAGGCUAAAGUUGCGGCGAAACCGAAGGCUACUACAAGUAAGGCCAAAGCUAAACCAGCGGCUAAGCCAGCUAAGGUAGCGAAGACGGCGAAGAAGAGUUCGCCAGGGAAGAAAGUAAAGGCUCCAGCAAAGAAGACAGUCGCUGUCAAGAAGCCGAAGAGUGUUAAAUCUCCGGCUAAGAAAGCGGCGCCAAAGAAGGCAAAGAAGUGAAGAGAAAGGAGUGUUUGUUUGUAGGAGGUUGUUC